GAGGAGGUGCCGUAAAGCGGGACGUGUGACGUGGGUUAUAACAACGCAGUGUCAGUUAGAAACGGUUAUAGCUUAUAUUUACACCUUUAGCCAUGUAGCUGUGAUUUAAAACGUGUAAAAUGAAACUAAUUAAUAGUGUGAGUUUAAAUAUUCGCAUUAGCUAACUGUUCGACGCAUGAAAAGCCAGUUUGCCAGUUUGACUACAUUUCCCAGAACACCCUGCGGGAAGUUGAAUCGGUGUGUCAUCAGCCAGGCACCGGUGGCGUGGGUCUCCUGUGUCAGACUGGAAACUACUUUUACUGGUUCUUCUGUCUUAAUAGUGGCAUCUUAAACAUUCAAGUCAAAAUGACGGAAAGGAAAGGAAGAGCAAAGUUGGACUUUUUGAGAAAGAUUGAGUUGGAGAUCCAGGAGAAGUGGGAGAAGGAGAAGACAUUUGAGCAAGAUGCACCAUCAACAAUAGGGGAAAGCAGCAACAAAAAGAAGUACUUUGUCACCUUCCCCUACCCGUACAUGAACGGCAGAUUGCACCUGGGCCACACAUUCAGCCUGUCAAAGUGUGAGUUUGCUGUUGGUUAUCAGUCUCUGAAAGGGAAGAAAUGCCUGUUUCCAUUCGGGCUUCACUGCACGGGAAUGCCGAUCAAGGCCUGUGCAGACAAGCUGAAGAGAGAGAUGGAGGUGUACGGAAACCCUCCACAGUUUCCAGACGAGGAUGAAGAAGAGAAGGAGAAGCCCGAGACUGUUUCUGAUGAAUUCAUCAUCAAAGACAAAGCAAAGGGGAAGAAGAGCAAAGCAGUGGCCAAAUCUGGAUCCGCAACUUUCCAGUGGGACAUCAUGAGGUCUUUGGGCCUGAAGGAUCAGGAGAUUACCCAGUUUGCUAACGCUGAGCACUGGCUGGAGUACUUUCCUCCUCUGGCUGUCAAAGACCUCAAACAGAUGGGAGUCAAGGUGGACUGGAGGCGUUCAUUCAUCACCACGGAUGUGAACCCCUUUUACGACUCGUUCGUCAGGUGGCAGUUUAUCACUCUGAAAGAGAGGAAGAAGAUCAAGUUUGGCAAAAGGUACACCAUCUUCUCCCCGAAGGACGGACAGCCAUGCAUGGACCAUGACAGGCAGACAGGAGAGGGAGUCGGGCCUCAGGAGUACACUCUCAUCAAGAUGAAAAUGGUGGAACCAUACACGGCUAAAUUCAAGUCCAAAGUCUUCUACAGCAGUGGCAUGAAGGGCAAAAACAUCUUCCUGGUGGCGGCCACUCUGAGACCAGAGACCAUGUUCGGACAGACCAACUGCUGGGUGAGACCAGAUAUGAAGUACAUCGCCUUCGAGACGACCAAUGGAGACGUCUUCAUCAGCACCAGUAGAUCUGCCAGGAACAUGUCGUACCAGGGCUUCACCAAAGAGAACGGAGUGGUGCCUGUGAUCAUGGAGAUACUGGGACAGGACAUCCUCGGCUGUGCCCUGAGCGCUCCUCUCACUUCCUACAAGAUCAUCUACGCUCUGCCCAUGCUCACCAUCAAAGAGGACAAAGGCACGGGGGUCGUCACCAGUGUACCUUCUGAUGCUCCUGAUGACAUCGCUGCUCUCAGAGAUAUCAAGAAGAAACAGGCUCUGCGGGAGAAGUAUGGAAUUGAGGACAAGAUGGUGUUGCCUUUCGAGCCAAUCCCAAUCAUAGAGAUCCCAGGCUUCGGGAACCUCUCCGCCCCUCUGGUGUGCGACGAGCUGAAGAUCCAGAGCCAGAACGACAAGGAGAAGCUGGCCGAGGCCAAGGAGAAAGUCUACCUGAAAGGAUUCUAUGAAGGGAUCAUGCUGGUUGAAGGCUAUAAGGGCCAAAAGGUCCAGGAUGUCAAGAAGCCCAUUCAGAAGAUGAUGGUGGAACGGGGCGAGGCCAUGAUCUACAUGGAGCCAGAGAAACAGGUCAUGUCGCGUUCAGCUGAUGAGUGUGUGGUGGCUCUCUGUGACCAGUGGUACUUGGACUAUGGCGAUGCAGACUGGAAGAAGCAGGCUAAUGAAUCCCUCAAGACUCUGGAAACAUUCUGUGACGAGACCAGGAGAAACUUUGAGGCUACCUUGGCUUGGCUGCAGGAGCACGCCUGCUCUCGUACCUACGGACUGGGGACACGGCUGCCUUGGGACGAGCAGUGGCUGAUUGAGUCACUAUCAGACUCCACCAUCUACAUGGCUUACUACACGGUGGCACACCUGCUCCAGGGAGGUGUGCUCAGCGGACAAGGAGCCUCACCGCUCGGCAUCAAGCCAGAGCAGAUGACCAGAGAUGUGUGGGACUUUAUCUUCUUUAAAACAUCUCCCUUCCCAAAGACAGACAUCCCUAAAGAGCAUCUGCAGAGAUUGAGGAGGGAGUUUGAGUACUGGUACCCCGUGGACGUCCGCGUGUCGGGCAAAGACCUGGUGCCGAACCAUCUCUCCUACUACCUGUACAACCACGUGGCUAUGUGGCCCAAAGACAACGGGAAGUGGCCUCAGGCGGUGCGAGCCAACGGACAUCUCCUCCUCAACUCUGAAAAGAUGUCUAAAUCAACUGGAAACUUCCUCACGCUCACACAGGCCAUCGAGAAGUUCUCAGCAGACGGUAUGCGUCUUGCUCUCGCCGAUGCAGGGGACACAGUGGAGGACGCCAACUUUGUAGAGACCAUGGCCGAUGCAGGAAUCCUCCGCCUCUACACGUGGGUGGAGUGGGUGAAGGAGAUGAUCGCCAACCAGAACAACCUGAGGACGGGGCCUGCGGGCACUUUCAAUGACCGAGUCUUUGCGAGCGAGAUAAACGCCGGCAUCUUGAAGACAGAGCAACAUUACGACAGGAUGAUGUACAAAGAGGCUCUGAAGAGUGGCUUCUUUGAGUUCCAGGCGGCCAAAGAUAAGUAUCGUGAGCUGGCGAUUGAGGGCAUGCACAGAGACCUCGUCUUCCAGUUCAUCGAGAGGCAAACACUUCUGCUGGCCCCCAUCUGCCCACAUCUUUGUGAAUACACAUGGAGUCUGCUGGGAAAGGCUGGUUCUCUGAGGACAGCAUCCUGGCCUGUGGCUGGUCCUGUUGACGAGAUCCUGAUCCGCUCCUCUCAGUACCUGAUGGAGACGGCGCAUGACCUCCGUCUGAGACUGAAAGCGUACAUGCAGCCGCCAAAAAGCAAAAAAGGUGACUCAAAACCCCCAGCCAAGCCCUCCCACUGCAGCAUCUAUGUUGCCAAGAGCUACCCUCCAUGGCAGCACAGUGCCUUAUCCCUGCUAGGGAAACACUACAAGAGCAACAACGGCGUCCUCCCAGACAACAAAGUGAUAGCGAGUGAGCUGGGAGCGCUGCCUGAGCUGAAGAAGUACAUGAAGAGAGUGAUGCCGUUUGUGGCCAUGAUAAAGGAGAACCUGGAGAAGAACGGCCCCAGGGUGCUGGAGCUGGAGCUGGAGUUUGAUGAGCGGGCAGUCCUGAUGGAGAACCUGGUCUACUUAACUAACUCUCUAGAGCUGGAGCAGAUCGACGUCCUGUUUGCUUCUGAGGCCGACGACAAAGUGAAGGAGGAUUGUUGCCCAGGGAAGCCGUUCAGUGUUUUCAGAACCGAGCCUGGAGUGUGUGUCUCCCUGGUCAACCCUCAGCCCUCCAACGGACUGUUUUCAACAAAGGUGGACAUCCGACAGGGAGACAGCAGAGACAGCAUCGUCCGGAGGCUCGCCAAGGUCAACAGACUCAUCAAAGAUCUCUCCAGAGUGAAGCUGAUGAGGUACGAGGACCCCGUGCUGGGGCCUCGCCGGGUCCCCGUCCUGGGACGCGAAGAACAAGGCAAACUCCCCAUCUCCACCAAAUCUGUGUUCAACGUCAACCUGGAGGAGAAGAGGGUCACUCUGGCGGACAACGGGCUCACUGUAGACAUCGGGGACACUCUGCUUUAUCUGGUCCAUUAGAAACCAUCACUCUGUCUCAAACACACACAGGCACACGGGGACACAUGGAGACACAUGAGGACACAUGAGGACACAUGGGGACACAUGAGGACACAUGAGGACACAUGGGGACAGAUGGGGACACAUUCAGCAGUGUGACCUUUAUGAAAGGUUUAAAUGCAUCAUAAUGAAGUUACAACAAAGAGAGUUAUUUUGGUAAAAGUCAUAAAACAGACUCAGAAGUUUUAUGUUUGUUAUUAUGUGUCUGCAUCAUUUACUCCAUCACUUUGCAUGCUAUUAGAUCUGACAGACACACAGGGUGUCAUCGUUCUGCUGCGUUUCACUGCUGAAUGUGAUCUAAAGGAAUAUCUGAGACAAAUGGGACCAUGAAAGUUUGCUUCUACCUUCCCUGAACACAGUGUCAGUGUAUUCAGAUAUGCUCCUCCACACAGCAGAGAUGAGUUUUAUAAGCCUAUUUCACUGAGGAAACUCUUUAUGCUUUAAUGGGACUCUUUAAUGGUGUGGAGAAAAUAAAAUGCAACUUCAGAAAUAUGUUCCAUAAAACCAGAGCUUACCUUUUGUUGGGUCCCUUCUUUUGGCUUAUAUCUCCAUGUUUUCCUGUUUCAAUAAAUGAGCAACUAUCAGAACACGAAAGAUUUGAAAUACUCUGUAAACAAACAUCUUUUAAUCCUCUUCCUGUCAUAAAAUAAUGACACAGCUCAACGCAGACUCUUAAAUAUCUGCUGGAUCUUAACGUGUCUGCUGUGUAGAAUAUGGUUCCCUUCUGUUUUGUCAGCCUGUCAGGCAUCUUUCCAAUUUUCUAGCCACGUAUGUUCCUGGUCUGACUUGUGUUUUUCCAGAGAAAUAAUAAAACAGAUGAAAUACUCUUCCUCUUUGUUUGA